AUGGGAAUAUACUCUAAGACGGUUGCUGUGUCACUCAUUGUCUCGUUCCUGUUGUUCUUUUCUGCCUCUGCUGAGCGCAAUGAUGGUACAUUCAGAGUUGGUCUGAAAAAGCUCAAGUUGGACCCCAAAAACCGUCUUGCAGCACGUGUUGGUUCCAAGCAAGAGAAGCCCCUGAGAGCUUACAGUCUUGGAGAUUCUGGAGAUGCUGAUAUUGUCACACUGAAGAAUUACUUGGAUGCUCAGUACUAUGGUGAGAUCGCUAUUGGUACUCCACCGCAGAAGUUCACAGUGGUUUUUGACACCGGAAGCUCUAACCUCUGGGUGCCUUCAUCAAAAUGCUAUUUCUCUAUUGCAUGUAUCCUCCAUUCCAAAUACAAGUCGUCUCGCUCGAGCUCAUAUGAGAAGAAUGGAAAGUCUGCCGCAAUCCAUUAUGGAACUGGCGCAAUUGCUGGUUUCUUCAGUAAUGAUGCCGUCACUGUUGGCGAUUUAGUUAUCAAGGAUCAGGAGUUUAUUGAGGCAACCAAGGAGCCUGGUUUGACAUUUGUUGUAGCUAAGUUUGAUGGUAUCCUUGGUCUUGGAUUCCAAGAGAUCUCUGUUGGAAAUGCCCCUCCUGUUUGGUACAACAUGCUCAAGCAAGGCCUUCUCAAGGAGCCGGUGUUUUCAUUUUGGCUUAACCGUAACGCCGCGGAUGAUGAAGGUGGUGAACUUGUAUUUGGAGGUGUUGAUCCAAAACAUUUCAAGGGAAAACAUACGUACGUCCCUGUGACACAAAAGGGUUACUGGCAGUUUGACAUGGGUGAUGUUCUCAUUGGCAAUGCACCCACUGGAUUCUGCGAAAAUGGCUGUUCUGCGAUAGCAGAUUCUGGAACAUCUUUGCUUGCGGGUCCAACACCUAUUAUCACCAUGAUAAACCAUGCUAUUGGAGCAGCUGGAGUUGUUAGCCAGCAGUGCAAGACUGUUGUGGAUCAGUACGGGCAGACCAUUUUGGAUUUGCUUUUGUCUGAGGCCCAACCGAAGAAAAUCUGCUCGCAGAUUGGCCUGUGCACUUUCAAUGGUCAACGUGGUGUCAGUAUGGGAAUCGCGUCGGUGGUGGACAAGGAAAACGCCAAAUUGUCAAACGGUGUAGGAGAUGCCGCAUGUUCUGCAUGUGAGAUGGCAGUUGUUUGGAUACAGAGCCAGUUGAGGCAGAACAUGACUCAGGAGCGCAUAUUGGACUAUGUCAACGACCUAUGCGAGCGUCUUCCCAGCCCAAUGGGAGAGUCUGCAGUGGACUGUGCAAACCUCUCGACCAUGCCAACUGUUUCACUCACUAUUGGAGGCAAAAUCUUUGAUCUUUCUCCAGAAGAGUAUGUUCUGAAGGUUGGUGAGGGCCCUGCGGCACAGUGCAUCAGUGGCUUUAUCGCUCUCGAUGUUGCUCCACCUCGUGGACCUCUCUGGAUCUUGGGAGAUGUGUUCAUGGGCAAAUACCACACCGUGUUCGACUUUGGAAACGAGCAGGUCGGGUUUGCCGAAGCAGCGUAA